UACGAGCGGCGUCUGUAUCUACAGGCGGCCGCGGACUGGCGGGCUGCAUCCGAGGCCGAGAGGCGAAGCUGGAGAGAGGCGGCUCGGCGCGCGAACAAGGCUGAGAGGAUGAAGCCAGACCCGCUGCACGAGUACGUGCGCAUCUGUCGCGACCACGUUGACCAGUCGGACGAAGCUGCUUGGCCUUGGGGUCUCGGCUCAGACGAGUUCCCCUUGUCCGAGGACCUUGUCUCCGCAGCCGUGCAAGCACAUGUCGAUGCGAAGCUGAAGAGGGGAUCCUUCGUGGAAGCCACGGCCGUGUCGUUUGACGAAAUGUACAAUGCUGCUGUGGCGCCUCCAGGACUCAUUCGCUGCGGCCUCCCAACUGAGCGGCCUUGCUGCACGCGCGCGGCAGAAUGCCUUGGCGGCGUCGCCGACUUGCGGGGGGAGUACCAAGGCGUAGUGGAAGAUUUGCGGUUGUUGGUGGCCCCUGCGAGGUGCAAGACUGUCGGGAAGAUGAUGACCCUCCAGGUUUCAGGGCCUGGAGGCUGUGUGAUGAUUCGCAACUUCUCGCACUUGAAAAGUCAUAUUUUCACGGGGGAGUUCUGCGAGUGCGACGUGGUGGGGCAGCCAUGCGGGCUCGGCGCGGCGCCCCCCGAGGUGCCAUUCUCUCUGCGCCGGUGUUGGGUGGAGAGGAAGGGCCGCAGAGUGUUGAAGAUGAUGACUGAGAUCGACGUCGCCCUCCACAUCUUACGCGUGUGCGGGCGCGACCGGGCUGAGCUGCGCUGGGAGCGGGACUUGCACGAGGCGCGCCUCCACGAGAAGGACGUUGACCUGGCGACGGGCUGGUUCCAGGCGUUCGCCGACUCCCGCCCUGGCGGGGCUUCCGCCGACGGGGGGGGCAGCGGCGCGCGUGGCGGGGAUGAGGAGCCUGACUACGCGAAGGAUUGGAAGGCCGCUUGGGAGGCCGCCGCCGCCUGGCGGCAGAGAGGUCGCGGGGCGCAGGGUGCGGCAGAAGGCGCGCCAGCGGAGGCGCCUCCCGCAGCAGCGCCGGACGCCGCUCUGGCGCACGGGCCGCUGGGCGGCUACGCUGCGGCGGCGGCGCCGCCGCCGCCCCCCGCGGGCGCGCCGAGGCGCCCGCGCGUCGCCCGAUACCCGCAGCUCCCACAUCCCGCUGGGGCUGGCCGUCCUCACUACAUUCGCCUUGUCGAGAACGAGGCCCUCGCCGUCUACGACAUGCGCGCCGUCUGUGGCCUCCAUCCAGGCUGUUCAUGGAACCAGCAAUCGAGGGUCAGACCAUUGGCCGCUUUGUGGUGGUGGUUGGGGGAGGCCCCUGGAUGCGGGAGCAAGGCAGACCAUAAACAAAAGGUGCCCACGCCAGCGCAGAUCGCCGCUGCUCGCGCGGUCCUCGAGGGCAUGCCCGAGAGCCAGCCUUGGAGGGACUCGGAGGAGAGGCGGGCCAGUGGCGGGUGA